GUUCACAAUCUACAUGGUCGCCAUGGAUCCUAUGCCGAUAAGCGCUCCCGCCUGCAUCCUCUUGAUUGUCUUAUCAAGCGUAUACGUUUUCGUCUUAGCCGUCGAGUUGAUCAGCCACUUCGCCGGGGGCGCCUUGCAUAUUAUUCCGGUAAUUUACGCCGUACUGUGCGCAACACUGUUCAGUGAAAUCAGAGUCGUGAAAAAAACCAUCGCUUGCAACUUGACGUUCUUAAAACUGCAAGUUUACCUUCAAGAACGCAGACUAUCGAAACGUCAUGAAUUAACCGACUGAAAAAAAAGGAAUUACUGCGCGCACUGUAUUUGUUAUUCAUAGAACGUUAAAAAGAAAUGUUUUAAGUGCGACGUGUAGUAUUUAGAUUUCACUGAAAAAAAUAUAUUAUCGAUUACCAUUACGAGAGAGCGUAACUAUUUUUCUGUAUAAAUCAUUACAGAUGGCCGUAUUUUCUUUGCUUGGCCUCGUAUUCUUCGGGGUUACCGGACUUUUCUUCUACUUAAACGCCUAUACGCAACUCGCGGUGCAAAUAGCGGCUCUAACACUGUGUCUGCUGGUAGCAUUGUUCUUCUUGAUUGACAUCACGAUGGUACUCGCAUUUUGGAAAAGAAGAUGCUCGUCCUGUAAACGAUGUUGCAGUAACUGCACGGCGGAACUUUUGCACAAAGACGAAGAACGAGCUGCGCCAGAAACCAAAAUAAUGAGACACGAUGCAACGACCAGCCUGAGUGACAUCAAGAUACCUCGCAAACUGGAAGACGUUGCAUCCACCGAUCAUGGUUACCGCAAAGUCAGCUAUCCCCGGCGACGGGAGUACGUCGAUUGUUCUACCUGCGUGCCAUCGUUAUGCAACCUCGACGUCGCCCAAAUUCAAACGGAACCGAAAAAGGUGUCCGUCGUGGAAAGUCAAACUCCGAGAGCAGUCACGCAGGAGACGCCGAUGCAGACGAUAAGCAAGUGCGAGUUCUGUCAGCAACAUAUACAACUUCCCCUCGUCGAAGGAGCCGGCGUGGCCAGCGCGCCCUGUUUCCAGCACUCGUCACAAUGGAGUUACCCCGCGAUCGUGCAAUUCGUUCGCGGAGGGGUCGGCAUGCCGUGUUGUUCCGGAUGCAAUUGCGAACCGGGUGCGCCACAGCAGCAACCGCGGAAAUUAACGCAACAACGUGCGGAAUCGUCGAAAGUCAAGCCAAGUCCUAGCAAAACGUUGACGAGUGAGACAACACAGCAGGUUGCGAGCACUGAAUGCGGGAACGUCACGAGAUUGACGACGAAACCGAUCACCACGUAUACCGUCGCUUCAUUCUAUGGUCCGGAUAAGAGAAUACGGACUGUACCGGAUAUGAUCUACAAACGAAAAAUGGAUGCAACAAAAAUGAAAGACGCGAAACCGACGGGCGAAGAUGUCGAUCGGAAGCUCGCGGAAGAAACUAUAAUGAAAAUAGUGAGAACUAAAAGGCCCGAGACAGCCGAAGAGCGCGUUAAGAAAAGGAAAAAUGAUGAGGAUAACGCGGAGGGAUUCGAAGAGAGGACCAGAAUAAGCGAGGUCAAAAGGAGUGAAGGUGGAGGAGACCAUUGCGCUAGAAUCUAUCAAGACUUAAUGCGCGCGGAACAAGGAAGCCUGACAAAUCUGGAGGAGUCGUCGAUGCACGUGAGCGGAACGUUAAUCACGCCGCCGAGCGGCAGGACAAAGCCUCGAACGUUGUUGCAUUUGAAGUUGAACAAAGUGGACCCGAUCGAGGACGCAAAUGUACUCGAGGAAGAUCGCACCCUCGACAAGGUAGCGCAGAGGACGGCGCCUGACAAUCAGACGGAGCAAGAGAACGAGCAUCCGACGAGGACUGGAUCGCCGGAUCCUGUGACCGAACUGCAGUUGAAUGAGGCUUGUUCGCUCUGCAGACAACAGAGCUUAACGCCAACCUCGGACAAUUCCAGAUGUUACGUCGUCUUCAAGGACAAAAGGGGGAAGUACUUCUGUGAAUUUUGCGCCCCAGCGGACAGAAGAAAGACAAUGAGCAGGCUCGAAGGUACGGAUUUAAGAAAGCUCCGGUGUACCAAUUGUCGACUGCAUCUUCGUGAUCGAGGUGUCGGAACUAACGUUAAACCGAAGCCGGACACUUGCCCGAAGUGUGGUCGAACGCAGAGACACGCGGCCUCUCCCUCCUCCACGUAAAUAGAUUGCCGUUGUAACUACAGACGCCUCGCGUCGACAUGACGCGCAUCGCGCGAGUCACGGGCCGGAAGUGUCGCUCGUGAUUGCUUCGAUAAAAAUCUACAUUCCUUAUAAUAAUAGUCAUUAGGAACAGCGAUUAAAGAACACGCGGAAUACUUUCUUCGCGUGAAUAUGCUGAGAAAAACAAGCGGCGCCGAUCGUGUUGUUGAUUGUUAGCUGUAACGUAAUGUAAGACAAUACUAUCGGAAGAACAUGAUUCAUGCUUGUCUGCGACACGAUACUAAUUGCCGCCAACGGCGAGAUGCACGUCGCCCAUAAUCUACUGUGACACUAUUAGCGCAAGCUCACUGUCGAUUAUUGUCAAUCUUUAUCCUUCAUCUUCGGCCUUGUAUUCUUAAAAUAUAGCGCGAUUUCUCAGA